AUGAGCGAGUUAAUUGGGAUUAAUGUGGGGCUUGAUGCUAUCUUGUUUUAUGAUUGUGAUUUUGAGAAACUGGAUUUAACGGACAGCCGCAGUGCACUACAACAUCUUGGUGGCUGGUCGUCCGCAUGCGAUGAAAGCAGCAUAUCUAUUCUGCUAAAACUGAGGAAGAUCUCUCAGACCCACGAAGUCCACCUCCAGUGGCUCCCAUCACAUGUUAAUGUUUGUGGUAAUGAGGUCGCUGAUAAAUUGGUAAAAGAGGGUAGUAAAAAUGAAACGAUCACUGGCUCCUUACGGAUUUACCAAGAACUUCACUCAAAUGAAAGAUCGAAACUUAAUAUAAUGUGGCAUAUUUCACCUACUCACCAAUGGUACGCAAGGACAUCUUCUGGCUCCCUACUGGAAAUCAAAUGUGACCGUGUCUCCCAGAUCGCCCUGGCUAGACUAACAAGUGGCCACCUUAAAUGCCUUUCCUUUCAUAGUGGCACAAAUAUCCAUCCCGAUUGUAAAAAAUGCUGUGACCAUCCAGCUUCACCGGAUCACAUACUGGGUUGCAUCGGACUUUUUAGAUAA